CGUCCGCUUACCUUUGAUACAGAAUACAAGCCACACAGCGGCAGGAAGUGCCUUCAUCACCAGAAGCAGCCAUGGACCUGGUGCUGAACGUGGCCGACCACUACGUCCUGACGCCCUACGUCUACCCUGAGUCGUGGGCCGAGGACGGCGCCCUGCGGCAGAUCAUCAGCCUCCUGGUGGUGACCAACCUCGGGGCAGCCAUCUUGUACCUCGGCCUGGGAGCGUUCAGCUACUAUUUCAUCUUUGAUCACAAUCUGAUGAAACACCCUCACUUCCUGGAGAAUCAAGUUCAGAGAGAAAUUAAGUAUGCGAUGACCUCCCUGCCCUGGAUCAGCAUCCCCACCGUGGCCUUGUUCUUCGCUGAGGUCAGAGGUUACAGCAAGCUGUAUGACAACGUCAGCGACUCCCCGCUGGGUUGGUCCGGUCUCUUCCUCAGCAUGAUCUCCUUCCUGUUCUUCACUGACAUGUGUAUCUACUGGGUCCACCGCUUCCUGCACCAUAAGCUUAUUUACAAGACAUUUCACAAGCCACACCACAUUUGGAAGAUCACCACGCCCUUCGCCAGCCACGCCUUCCACCCGGUCGACGGCUUCCUGCAGGGCCUGCCCUACCACAUCUACCCCUUCCUGUUCCCCCUUCACAAGCUGCUCUACCUGGCUCUGUACGUGUUCGUCAACAUCUGGACCAUCUCCAUCCACGACGGCGACUACCGCGUCCCCGCUGGCCUGACCGGCGUCAUCAACGGCUCCGCCCACCACACCGACCAUCACCUCUUCUACAACUACAACUACGGCCAGUACUUCACCCUGUGGGACCGGCUGGGAGGCUCCUACAGGCACCCGUCGGCUCUCAUGGGGAAGGGCCCCAUGGAGAUGGUUCGGAAACUGCAGGCGGAGGGAAAGUUGGGGAAACAGGAAGUGAACGGACACGCUCAGAGGAAAGAGGAGUAGCAGAGUUGGGAUUGAUUACAGAGACGAUUCGUUAAUCAGUUGCAAAACUGAGAGGAAAUAUUUCCAGUUCAUCUUCGCCAUAUAAGCUGAUCCUGAUGAACGAGCUUCAACUUGCUUUGUUGUUUUUCCUUCAGCAGUGGAGUUUUGUGCAGUUAACAUUUUUUUAAAUUAGGGUUGAAAAACAUCUCACGAUAUAUGCUUUUCAUCAUGUUAGUCUAUCAAUAAUUAUUGGUUAGUUUUCUGCUGUAAAUGUCUGAAAUAUUGCCAAACCGGUGACUUUAUCAACGGUUUUCUCUCCACGUCGUUGUUUUUUUAUUUGUAAGCAGUUAUCAGACACGGUGGGGAAACUUGAAACCGCUGCUGUGUAAGUUACUCAGUAGGUUGUUGCUUGGCAACCAGUUAGUCGAGGCCACUCACGUUGCUUAGCUAACUGUGAGAGUUUAAGCGGCUAAAGCCUUUCCUCUGCCUACAUCCCCUUGUGCGGUUCUGGAUCAGAGUUUGGUGAAUAUUCUAUCGAUAUUGAUUGCGUGUCUGCCAUGAUAUAUAUUGUUAUUGAUUCAUUGCCCAGGCCCUAGUUUCAAUACAACACUUGUAUUUAAGUGGAAACAUCUGCUUGCUAACUCCAGGUGUUUUUAAAGCUCUCUGUGAGAGGUGCUCAGGUUCUGGACAGCCCAUCUCUUUUUUUUUUCUUUUUUGUGGGACUCUUGUAAGGAACAGCUGGUGAUGGCCGGUUAAUCUGUGAAUUUAUUUCCUUUCCACUCAAAUCUUUGCUCCAGUCGCUCACUGGGCCUAAAUCUGGAAUCAAUGUUGCCUGAAAUGGUGCGCAACAUUAGCUGUGUUUCCAUUACAAAUCUGCACAAAAACUUUGUCGCUGUUCUGCUAAUGUUGACAAAUACAACUUUGCAAUUGCGCUGUUGUCAUCAAGUAAGAAACGAAGUCAAAAUCACACAGGAAUAACUUUAAGUGAUUCCAUUGCAGUUUUGCAAAAGAAACUGAUUUCAAUACGGCUGGAAAACCACAUCAUGCUAGCACUGAAACUUUCUAUUGAAAACCUGAGAUUUUUUUCUAAAUUAGCUAGUAUCAAUUACUCAAAUUUAUUUCUGAAAUGUUAAAUUGUGCAGUUAUAUGGUCAAGGAAGCACAGCUACCGUAACAGUAACAGUAAGGUUCUGAAGGAACGUUUAUCCCUGAGAUCCUUCUUGUUUGAAGAAACCUCUAAAUCGGCCACCAGGACUAAACCAGCAGAUAUUUCUCUGUGCUCAUAGGAAAAACGAUGGCUUUCUAAAUCCUGACGCGUUUAAGCUGCUUUCUCGACUUUCAUUCAUGUCACUUUAUUAAACAUAAUUUAUGUACAAA